AUGUCGGAAGAACAACAUUAUCGCAUGAGACUCAGUUCUCGAGACACACCAUACCAGUCACCAUCUGCCAUCACGACUACCGAGGUCGAAUCUCUUGCUGCAUUCCUGAAAGAAGCCGCGAGCAACGACUCUUCCUCAUCAUCACCAACACAUUCUCGCCACAGACGAAGAUCUUCAAAUGUGCAGAAUCGAGGACGAAAAUCUUCACACUCCCAAAAUCGAAAUUGGAGAGCUACGCACUCACAAGGACCUCGAAGUCCUCCACGCCAGAGCCCAAAGCCCACAAAUGACUUUACGGACAACAAGAAUGGCGUACGAGCCUGGCAGCGCUCAGCCGAAUCGGCAGGCGGCCACGGCAACAUCAAAUCAGACAAACGCAUCUCCUCGACCUCUCCCGUCAACCGCACCCGGGACGCAAGAGUCGACAAACAUGCCAGUUUACGCAACUCCUCACCAAGACCAUCAACAUGUGUCAAUGGCACACCCUCACAAACACACAAGAACCAGCACCAGCCUCGCCAACAACAAAAGCAGGCUCCAGCUGCUCGCGGCACGCGAAUCACAUCUCAACACAUCCUCUUCUGGGGCGGUCCGUUGUCAAAUUGGAACAUCGGCUUCCCCUUCUCCGGCCGCCACGCCAUGGAUUUGUUGAUCACACGCCUCGGCGAAGCCGGCAUAAAGGCACAUCCAUCUCGCACGGCGCUGGCCACAGAACUCAUGGCCCGCCACGACUUCGUAUGCGGCGAGCAGUUCAUGAUGGCCUGUAAGGGAUGGCUAUUCGAACGCAUGCUUCCAGGCGCCGAGCUCGACACUGCAAACAUGCAAGACACACACAUUCAGCGUAUCUGCGACAAGGUACUACAUUUCUACGACGACACACAAGCCCAAGACAAGACCGAAACAAGCACGCCAGUACUUGACGGCCAAGGAAUCGACUACGAAGCACUGCACAAUGGGACUAUGGUAUCGUGCAUCAACACGCCCUCACCUCGCGAUCAGAAAGCAAUCGGUCGCCGCGCCCGAGGCUUCAACGAGCCAGUAUGGACAAAAGCUUCUACACCCGUCGUGGUGGCGGGCAGUAUUGCGCGCGCUGAAGUCGAUGCCGAACUGCGGGCGUUGUACAAGGGUGCUUCCCGCGGACGGAAAUUCGUGGAGGGAAGUCCGAUGGACAAGAUAUGGGGGAUUGGUUUGAGGUGGGAUGAUCCCCGAGCUGACGACGAGAUAAAGUGGAAAGGGGAAAAUAGGCUUGGAAAGUGCCAUGAUUUGGCGGCGGCGUACAUCAGAGAUGGAAAAGAGUGGGCAUGA